AUGGGUAUACUAAUGCAUGAUUGGCUUCUUACAAUAUAUUAUGAAAUUGCUGCUAUCGAUGCUGGCGUUACAAAACGAUCUAUAUCGCUUAACGAUGAUGCAAAUACAAUAAUUAGUUAUUAUGAAAAAGGAAAAUUUAUAGCAGGACAACCAAGUAUGAUAUAUAUUCAUGGAUUUUCUUCUAAUAAAGAAGCAUGGCUUUCUGUUUUAAAAUUUGUACCUGAUAGUUAUCAUUCUAUUCUAAUUGAUUUACCACGUCAUGGAGAAACUACUGAUACAAACGCCGAUGACCAUACCAUCCAUGAAGUUGUUGAUACACUUAAAUUGUUUUUUGAUACAAUGCAAAUGACUGAUCCAUUAUGUUUAAUUGGUGCAUCGAUAGGUGGUACGACUGUUGCUUUAUUUACUGUUAAAUAUCCAGAAUAUGUUAGUAUGAUUUGUUUACUUGCACCACCUCCCACAAAACUACAUGAAAGUGAAUUAAUAAAAAAAUUACAUGCUGGAAUGGAUCAUAUACUUCUACCAACAACAUCUGAAGAAUUUUAUGCUACAGCUGAAUUAUUAACAGUGAAAAAAGUAACAGCACCAAAAGCAUUUAUUGAUAGAUAUUUUAAAUCUCGUCUACGUGUAGUAGAUCAACAGAGAAGAAGUAAAUGACUAUUGUUUUGAUACAAAUAUCAUCUAUUUUUAUAUACAAUUUCUUUUUCUAG